CGCUCGUCAAUUUAACGAUUUGGCGCGAGGAACCUGCGAGGAACGCUUAGCAAUUUCUGGAGGUUAUAGACAGGAGUAGAAGGUACAAUUGAGUGAUCUUUCAGAUUCUUGAGAUUCGCUUAGCUCGAAUACCUUAAUAAAUUUAUUAAUAGCAGUUGUGGAUACGUGUAAUUUAAUGGCAGACUUUCUCAAGGAACUGAAGGACCAUGCUACAAGCUUUCACAAAGACAUUAAACAUCUUGAAAGAGCAUUUAGUAGUCCUUGGACGUUUUAUGGAACGGUUUCAAGGAGUGCAGAAGCCAAUGUAUUUUUAAAAAAAGAACUCGAGUGUAUUAAAAAUAUGCAUUCAUGUAUUGGAGAACAAAUACAAGAAAUGGAAGACAGGAUUAGUGACACUAAUCAGUUGUUACAGCAAGUUGAAUCUGCUUCAGAGGAUUUAAACAGUAUCACUAAAUUACUUGAAGCUUGUGGGUUUACAUUUUCUGAAGAAAAGGAAAUUUCUGGCUGUAAUGAAGAAAACCAAAGGAUAGAUAUUGCAAAGGGGAACGAUGAAAAUGUUUAUGAAGGAGAGCAAUCAGAAGACCCUGGAGAAGAAUAUGUUCUAGGUUAUUUAGCUGGUAAUGAAAAAUGUGAAGAGAUUUUAGAAUCGACUGAGAAGUAUUUAGUAGAUAACAACAUUAAUUUAGAUGAUAUUGUUACUCCUUUAUUUCAACGAAAUAGUUUAUAUUGUGGGAAAAAAACGUAAUUGUCCAACUGGCAAAGAAAAACAUGAUUGUCGUGACAAAAAUAUUUUAAGUCAUAUAUGUUAAUUAUUUUUAUUUUAUGACGAAAUGUACAUCUUUAGCCAUUCAUCAACUUCUUUAUUACUUUUCUCCAUCCACCGAAUGUUAGACUUCACUUUCUCAAUAGUCUGCUUGAAGGCGAGAUCUGUUGUCCCCAAAUUUCCAGCAUUUUCUUCACGGAACUUCAUAAGCUGUAAAAUAUUAAUAGUACCAAUGAAAACAGUAUGCCACAAACUUUCUUGUGUCAUUGUAAUGGUUAUGUACAAUUAAUAAAAUUGUUUCUUAACUGAUAAUAUUAAUUGUGAUACAUACUUUUAACUGACUUUUUAACAUUUUUUUGGGGGUGUUUGCAUCUCUGUUAGAUUGGAUUCCAUUUAAUUGCAUGAGACACGUAACUUGAAAAAUGAGAUUUGUUACUUUACAUUCUAUCAUGUUUUUUAAUAGCUGUAAGUUUUGCAAUAUUUUUUUCACUUAAUAUUGUGUGUUAUACUCUGAAUAUUUUAGUCAUACUUUACAAAAAAAAGGGUGUUUUAAUAAAUAAAGAUUUAAUCAAAGUGAAGGUGAUUUCAUUUAAUCCAGUGUAUUGUGCCCUGUCCAUACAAGAAGGUGUGUUGCUGGUUAUGAGAAAAUGUGAGUGCGAGUUUCAUUUAAAGUACGUUCAAAACACUAAAAUAUUUGUUUCAAAUCAGCAGAGUUCCCCUUAUUGCAUACCACCCCUGUUCCCGACCAACAACCAUCAAUUUCUCUGCAAAAAU